CCUCACUUUCUUCGACGUUGCUGUCAUCUCGACAUGCGUGGUCCAAUUGUACCACGGACCAGGCGGCAUCAGAAGCGCCACAAGCCGAAACAGAGGCGGCGUAUUCUUGGAGAGAGCCAUUGGAACUCUAACCUCUAACGGUCGUGACGUCAGCUCCAGUGCUCAACGUCGUGGCGGCAUGUGCUUCGGACUACAGCCUCGACACGAGCACGUACAACCGAGCGCGACUAUUAGUCACUUACCCAGGACUUCUGCCAGCAGGAUCAUCCAUCCAUUCGCUGCUAUCUCAAUUAGUUGAUUCGUGAACCGGAUCCUGGUUUGAAGCUUCUUCUUCUUCCAUUACUCUUCAUCAUCCGCCGUCAAAGUGAACACAGGCAAUGUGUCGUUGGUUUGCGUAUCUGGGCGACGAGCCCCAGCUUCUCGAAGAUCUGAUCAUCCGACCGCGCCACGCCAUAGUGAAGCAAGUCGAUGAGCAUUUCCUCCCGGCCGGACAUGCAAAAGCGCGACCGUUUCUGGGCGAGCUUCAAGUCGCUCCAUUGUCGGCCAACGAUGCCGGCUCACCGAAUCCGUUGACAAACAUGGACGGGUUCGGAGUCGGGUGGUUCACGUCGUCCGAGUGCGAUUUCAACCCAUACACGGAUUUCAAGUGGCCCGAGUCACUUCGGCCAGUCACUUACAAGAACAUCCGGCCGCCGCUGAACGACUUGGUGCUCAAGAGCAUCGUCCGGGGAACUAGUAGCAAUGCUGUCCUCGCGCACAUUCGCGCGGCCCCGGGGUUGACUCCCGUAGUCGAGACCAACUGCCAUCCGUUUGUCUUUGGCCGCCACCUGUUCGCGCACAACGGCAUCCUUGGAUCGUUUCCACGGAUUCGGACAGCCAUCUUGCAGUAUCUACCGCUGAGGUACCAGCAGGCCAUUGUGGGAACAACCGAUGCUGAGCACAUUGCGGCCGUGUACUUUUUUAUCCUGUGCGGCAAAGACGGGAACUGGGAGACCAUGUAUGACGCCGGAGAGAUGGCGGCAGCGAUGAGGGAGACGAUCGUCAUGCUGGAAAAGAUGCAGACCGAGUUUGGGCCGGUGGAGCGGGAAUUCAACACAUUGAAUCUCGUAGCCAUGUCUGGCAGCACGUUGGUGGCGGUGCGAUACGGCAGUCCGAAGGGUCUCGAGCCGCCGAGCCUGUACUACUCGACCACGGCCGGGGCAACGCUCAACCGCAAGUACAAGGGGUUUCCGAGCGACAUAGACGACGGCGAGGAUGGAGGGGACGGCGAUUCUGAUGAUGACGGACGGCUGGAGAAGUCGGGCCAUGGAGAGCAUGUGGUGGUGGCCAGUGAGCCGAGCACCUUCAAUCAGGCCGAAUGGGAGCUGGUCGAGCCUUCACAGAUGGUAGUGGCGGAUAUUGGGGUCGGUGUUUACGUCGAACAUUUGUAGAAAGCAAAUGCCAGGAUGGAAAAUUGGGCCAAGAAAAGGCAGGGAAUUGGAAGCAAGCCAGCGGACGGCACAGCAACGACAUGUUUCGCAUACAGCUCUUUGUCCAGGGACGCAGCGCAGACGCAGACGCAGAUGCAGGCCGCAUCCGACGGUCGACCUGCAGGCUUCUUUUUCUAGUUUAGAUCGCCUUUUUCACACCGUUCCGCUCUCCAUGGCUGAUUUUUGCUUU